GGCUUGCUCUGAGUUGCUCGCUUCGUCAGUCAGCAGGCUCUGCUUCCUUUUCUGAGGCGCGCCUGAAGCCCCGACGGUCGUUGCUUCUACCGAGCACAGACAAUCGCAGCCGCCGCCGCCUCCCCUCCUCCGGCCUCCCAUGGCUGGCCGCGGCGGGUUUCCGCUUACCCCGCCACCCCCGGGGGGACUACCGCCUGCUGGCUCGGUAGCGGCCGCCGUUCCUCCCCCUCCUCCCCAAGCUCCAGGACCAGGAGGCGGGCUCUUGCGAGGAGGACCCAGCCCGGCUGGGGCCACCCUGUACCGGCCCAUGGGACACGCGGCUCCGUUCCAACGUCCUGGGAUGCUGCCUGGUGGCCGGAUGACCAUGGGCGUAUUACAAAUGGGAUCCCCCUCAGGGCCCCUGUAUGGAACAACUUCUCCACUGAGACCUGGAAUAUCACAGUCCAUGAUGGAUCCAUUCCGAAAGCGCCUACUUGCUCCACAGACUCAGCCACCUGCCGCAUUAAUCCAAAGGCGAGGGCUUAGGAGGAGGAAGAUGGCAGACAAGAUCCUACCACAGCGGAUUCGUGAACUGGUUCCAGAAUCUCAGGCUUACAUGGAUUUAUUGGCCUUUGAACGCAAGCUAGACCAGACCAUUGCCCGCAAGAGGAUGGAGAUCCAGGAGGCAAUAAAAAAACCUUUGACGCAAAAGCGAAAGCUGCGUAUUUACAUCUCCAACACCUUUACACCUGGCAAGGAGGAAUCUGAAGGAAGUGAGCGCAUAGCCUCGUGGGAGCUUCGUGUGGAGGGAAAACUCUUGGAUGAUCCAAGCAAGCAGAAGAGGAAGUUCUCGUCCUUUUUCAAGAGUUUGGUCAUUGAGCUGGACAAGGAACUGUAUGGGCCUGACAACCACCUGGUAGAGUGGCACCGAAUAGCUACAACUCAAGAGACAGAUGGCUUCCAAGUCAAGCGUCCAGGUGAUGUCAAUGUGAAAUGCACCCUGUUACUCAUGCUAGACCACCAGCCUCCCCAGUACAAACUGGACCCCCGUCUGGCUCGUCUGCUUGGGGUUCACACGCAAACUCGUGCCAGCAUCAUGCAGGCUUUGUGGCUCUACAUCAAACACAACAAACUCCAGGACAGUCAUGAGAAAGAAUAUAUCAACUGCAACCGUUACUUUCGCCAGAUUUUUGGUUGCAAUCGCAUGCGGUUCUCUGAAAUCCCCAUGAAGCUGGCAGGGCUCUUGCAACAUCCAGAUCCUAUUGUUAUCAACCAUGUGAUCAGCGUGGACCCCAAUGAUCAGAAGAAGACAGCCUGUUAUGACAUUGAUGUGGAGGUGGAUGAUCCCUUGAAGGCCCAAAUGAGCAACUUCUUGGCCUCCACCACCAACCAACAGGAAAUUGCCUCUUUAGAUGUCAAGAUCCAUGAAACCAUUGAGUCCAUUAAUCAGCUGAAGACACAGCGAGAUUUCAUGUUGAGUUUCAGUAAUAAUCCUCAGGAUUUCAUCCAAGAGUGGAUCAGAUCUCAACAGAGGGACUUAAAGAUCAUCACGGAUGUGGUUGGAAACCCAGAAGAGGAGAGGCGUGCAGAGUUCUACCAGCAACCAUGGAUUCAGGAGGCUGUUGGCAGACACAUCUUUGCCAAGGUUCAGCAGCGCAGACAAGAACUGGAACAAGUCCUUGGUGUUCGUCUCACCUAGUGCUGCUACCUCGAUUGGCUCUUCUGCACCUUGUGGUACUUCUGGAGUGGACCAACUGGCAGACUGUGUGCUUGCCUAAUAGCCUGUGCCCCUAACAGACCUGAGGAAGCCCUGCUGCCUGUUUCCAUUGCUCUCAAUAUUUGUGGGAGGGGUCUCUUGUUUUCCCCUGGAACUAGACAUGAUUUAUGGCAUCUUUUAGCAGAGGAACACAAUCCUCCCUCCCUCCCCAAACCCCCUGCCAUUUCCUGUGUGCUUUGCCUUUGGGACACUGGGAUUUUUAUUUUGAGUUGCCUUCUACCUCUUAGCUGAGCCUCAGUAGUCUCUUGCAAUGCAGGGCAGCUGCUGUUGCUCAUUCUUAACCAAAGCUUUGUCCAUUCCAAAUUGUCAGCCCUGCUGGCAUUUUAGUCUUUGCACUAUCUUUUGGGGGAAGAUUUGUUCUGUUUGUACAGAGAAAUAUUGUUAAAUAUGGAAUGGCUUGGUCCCCUUUCACCUUAUGCAAUCUGUGUGGUUGCAGACAGGAGGGGGUUUCCUCAAGCCUUUGCUGUUGUGUUAAUGACAAUCAGUUGCUACUUCUUGCUUGGUUCUCCAAGUGUUUAUGAGAUUUAGGUAGUGGACAACGGGGACCAGUUCUUCUGUGGCAAGGCCCCUAACUGCAAUGGGAAAUAUUCCUGAGGUUGCUAGCCAACAGGAGAUGGGUGACAUUUGCCUGAGCCUUCUUGGGGCCCCUCAAGUGCCUUUGCUUUCAAAGUUUCUGAUCCUUCUCUGGAGUUGCAUUUGGCCAAGUAAGAGCUAAUAGGAUAUUCAUUUGCUUAUGAGCAAAAAUGUUAUCUGUUUCUAUUUUGAAUGUUUUCUAAUAAAAAUAUUAUUAAGCAGCA